UCCAUCUCGAGCCAAAAUUCUCCUUCAAUGUAAUCAAAAAUACUUCGUUAUCUUAUAAUUUUUCUUCAAUAUUAGUACGAAGGAAAUCGAAAAUCCAGAGCUAAACGAACAAUGGGUCCCGAAUCCAGCUCAGCAACAUCAUCAACAUCAACAUUAACAUCCACGCAUUCCCCAACUGGGAAACGAAGCAGAGAUCCUGAAGAUGAGGUUUACCUUGACAAUCUCCGCUCUCACAAGCGUUUUCUCAGCGAGAUAAUGGCGUCUAGUCUAAAUGGGUUAACUGUUGGCGACUCACUUCCUGAAAAUCUAAUGGAAUCUCCGGCUAGGUCUGAAGGCAUGUUCUAUACCAGGGAUGAAAUGUCAUGGCAAUAUUCACCAAUGUCAGAAGAUUCGGAUGAUUCAAGAUUUGGUGAGGCACCUAUGAACACAUGCUUAUCCCAUUCUGAUAGCAUGCCUACAAGUCCUGUUUCCCCAUAUAGGUAUCAAAGACCACUAAAUGGUUUCUGCUCAACUUCUUCAACUAGUUCAUACCCUUUGCAUGGGAAUGUUAGUACUGUUUCUAGUUCACAGCCUCGGCAAAGAGGCUCAGAUACAGAGGGUCGGUUCCCAUCUUCACCAAGUGAUAUUUGCCACUCGGCUGACUUAAGGAGGGCAGCACUCUUGCGGUCUGUACAGAUGAGAACACAGCCUUCCGGUCCAUCACCAUUUGAAUUGCCUUUUGGAUCAGGCCAAGAGAAUGUGCCUAAUAUUGAAGUUGAGGAACGACCAUGCUCAUUUAUUAAGUCCUUAGUUGAUGAUCAAGAAUAUCAGAUUGAGGAGUGUUCUUUGUUGGGUACCUCAGAUCCUGAGUUCAGUCAAGAGAAAUCUUGCAGAGUGCUAAGCAUGACUUUGAAAGGGGAUGAUUCUGAGGAUUAGAUGCUUUGAUUGAUAAAAGCAGACUCCAACCUAAUCUUGAACAUAUUUGCAAUGCAAGAAUUGGACCUAUUGUUGGAGCAUGUAAUAGAUUUCUAUAUUACUUGGAUUCGGGUGUGAUUGUCAAAUGUCCAAUACGGGUAUUUUCUAUUGCUUCUAAUUCUUUCCAUGUUUUUAGAGUGUCAUGUUUUCAUAUUCACGUCCAAAUUAUUCUGGACAUGAAAGCUUAUAGAAAAAUGAAGAGUCGGAGCAGCAUAGAUUUUGCAAAAAGCAAGUUGAACUUGAGCAUAUACAUGUAUGGUUGGUUCAUUAUAAACAACUUCACAUUUGAGUU